GAGUUGCUCUACAAUUAAUGGCAGCCACGUCAGAAACACAAACAUCCGACGACGCGUGGCCAGAACAUAUGCACACCAGGGGAUAUCAGCCCGAUGUCCUCGACGAACAUGACCCACGCGAUCUCCGCAAAGCGUUGAUGUCUGCGGAAGGGCUUAAGCAAGAAGGCAACGAUCACUUUCGUGCCAAGCGUUGGGAUGAAGCCCUCGCAGCUUACCGCUCUGCACUGGGUCACCUUCCUAGGCGACCUCAACCGCAGAGGACAGCGACAACAGAGGAUGACCUGGAAGAUGCUGAUGCCGAGACGCUACGUCCACAAAGCGAUACCGACGAUAAAGUGACACAAGAGGCAGAGCUCGAGGCCCAGCAGCAGCAACCUCCAUCCGAGCUCGAUGGUGAAUGUGCGAAGGCCCGAGCAGUCCUGAAUGCUAACAUUGGCGCAUGCUAUACCAAGCUCGGCGAACCUAAAGAAGUCGUGAAUGCGUGCACAGAAGCUCUGCAAGAUGAUCCGAAAUACAUCAAAGCACUACAGAGGCGAGCCGCAGCGAACGAGCAGAUUAACUCCUGGUCUUCCCUCGCAAGUGCGCAGGAAGAUUACAAGACCCUCCUUGAUUUACUUCCCCGCACAUCUCCCGAAGUCGCAGGCAUCCGCCGAACAUUGGCAGCCCUGGCACCGCGGGUGGAGGCUGCUCAGAAACGCGAGACCGCUGAGAUGCUCGACAAGUUGAAAGGUCUUGGCAACAGCCUCUUAGGGAACUUCGGUCUAUCGACUGACAACUUCCAGUUUGUUCCCAAUGGUCAAGGGGGAUACUCGAUGAAUUUUGUGCAGGAUCCUAGAUGACGAGACGAAGCAGCAGGUCACAUCCAACUUGUCUUACUACGCAUAUUCCACAUAUCCUAUAUUCUC